AAAAAAGGAGAAUGGAUUCACGGGCAGAGGCCGCCAUUGCUCCACUGCGCAUGCGCAGAACUCGAUUCGAAUCACGGCGGGAAAAUAUCCGCCCACCUUUUAUCGCAGCUCGCAGUUUAUUUUGCUGGAGGUGUCACCAUAGAUUAGAUAGCAAUCUCCUUAUCUUCCCCCGCUUUCAUUCCAGCAGUUACAGCAUUUUUGCAGCAACCACCGAUAGCAACACAGUCUUUCCCGCGAAAAUCAGAAAGGAACAAAGUCCUGUGUUGUUUGAAUGUACCACUAUGAUACCUGCAUUUCCUAAGCAAACUCUGGCACCAUUGAACAACAAUAGUUGCUUGAUGAUGCCAAAACUGCAGCAACAAGCUCCACAAUUUUUUUCAGUUAUAGAUGACAGCUUGACUGAUAUACGUUGGCUAGGAACAAUGGAUCCUCAUUUCCCUCCACUGGAAAAUACUGGAAAUAGUGGAGAAAACUAUAGGGCUUUCAAUCAGCCUGGGGCUGGACCUAAAGGACGUAAGAAGCUAAGCUAUGGGAAACCUAAACAGCAGCCUACUAGUGAUGUAAAACCAAAUGCAGAUUCUGAGAGCAUUCGUCCACCUUUCUCCUAUGCAGCUUUAAUUUCACUAGCAAUAAAUAGUCACCCACAGAACAUGCUUACAUUAAAUUCAAUUUACAGGUGGAUUGAAGACAACUUUCCCUUCUUUAGAAUGCCAGAAGCAAGAGCUUGGAAGAAUUCAAUUCGACACAAUUUGUCCAUAAAAAAGAAUCUCUUCCAAAAGGUCUACAUUGAUCCACCAAGACGUGGUAACGGAGCCUAUUGGACCCUCCUCUCAGAGGGACAGGAAGAAGUGGAGAGGUGCAUGAAGCUGCUGAUGACAUUGCGCCCACCAGUCAUAGACCCAUCAUCGGUCUACCUCAAUCAGAGUGCCACCAACUCAUCACAGGUUAUACGUAGUAAAGGGAAAUUUGUGCCCUCGCACUGUGAGUCUUCACAAAAGGAGCGUCGAGAUGUAUUAUCAUCAUCGCCCAGCCUUCACAUGUCACCAAUCUCACUGGCAGAUAAAGAGAACAGCAGCCAGCCAGGAAACUUCUUAGUUCAUCCUCUGGAGCACCAUCACUCCACUUCUUAUCCACAGAUGUAUCCACCUUCAAUCCAGCCUUUUCUCCCAGCACACGUACCAUCUCAACACUCUUCCGUAGAGAAGCAUCAAUCCAGCAGCGGUCCUCUAGACACUAGCAACAACUCCCUGCUUGAUCUCUCUUAUCUCACUCCGCUAAAAGAUGAGCUUGCUCCACAUUUUCCUGAUAUAAACAACAUCUCGUUAUCACCUUUCCUUUCCUACUGGACUGGAUCAAAGCCACCCCAACAACCUGGCAGUGGCUACAAUGGAAGCAGUGGAUUCUCAAGAACCCCCAAUACAAUCACAGGGCUCUCCCCACUCUGCACACCCUCAAAACCAUACUUGGGCAUCAAUGCUUGUGGUGAGAUUGGAAGUGGAGAGAGUGGCAUAUACUACAAUAGUAGUACUCCAGUGAAGGAUAUAGGGGAAAUCCUACCAGGCUGCACGCCUAUAAAAUGUGUAGGAGGUGCUAUGGAUCCCAACAGUAGAUUGUAUGCAUGUAAUACAACCCCGCUGAGACUAGCAGAGUUCCGCCAUCUUUAAAAAGAUUAUAACUGAUAAUUACAAUAUUAACAACGAGUGAGCAUUUACUACAUUAUGGUAUUUUAUUUGUCACAUAUUUUAACCCACCACAAAACUAAUUAUUAUUAUUAUUAGACAUAAAAGUACAUGUAUAUAAUAUAUAUAAACCUACCUAGCUACUUAUAAAUAUUCUAUUUUAAAUAAGCCUAUACUAAUUAUUAUUAUUUAUUUUAUCUUGUGUAAAAUUUGU